AUCGCAGCUGUGUUGGAUCGUGCGCAUGCUGGGGUACUUAGGUCGAGGCGACCCGUCAUUUCGCGCCAGCGACCUCAUCCCCUCGACCUCAUCAGUCGCCGAAUCUCGAGCUGUGCUUGAUCCUCUCCGAUGUCACUGUUGGGAAACCAUGCUGAUUCAAUUUCUCUCACAGUUUCGACUGCUGUCUUCUAUGAGUAUGGCCUGACAUCGGCGCGUGAAGUGCGGCAAUAUUGGGGCCGGCCCUUGAACGUCCCUAGCGCCUUAUUCUUCGCCAACCGGUAUAUGUGCUUGAUCAGCAGAAUCGUACUGUUGUCUGCAAUGUUUGCAGAACCUUCAGAGGUGAUGCUCGGUUCUAGUCUGGUGUUCAGGUGUCUACGCAGUCACUGCUCUUCUUGUGAUCACAUUGCUGUCUGCUGCCAGAGUUUACGCUCUGUGGUAUGGAGAUAUCCGGCCCUCUCUAGUUGUCGCUCUAUUCGGGCUGGUACUUCCGUUUGUCAGCAUAGCUAUGAUGCGGUUUUCAGUCGAGACAGCUCUCCACAACCCUGUCGUUUGCGAUUCUAGCCUGCAGGCAGGGUACGACAUCUGUCAAUCGUUACACAUGCUUGUCAUUUACUCCUGUAUACCUUCCUUUAGGACGUCUC